UUUUUUUUUUCACCAUGGCCCGUCCUCAGCAUCGUCUCGUUCCCAUCUGCCUUGCAGACUUGGAGAACAAUGCCGCCAUCUCUUUAGACAUUAACGCUCUUGACUACUAUCGUAGUGGAGCAAAUGAUAUGCAGACUCUCAAAGACAACCAAGACGCAUUCUCUCGAAUUCGUCUUCGUCCUAGAAUCCUCAGGGAUGUGUCCAAGGUUGACACCCGGACUACUUUGUUGGGUCACCCUGUGAGCAGCCCGAUCUGCAUUGCCCCCACAGCAAUGCAACGUUUAGCAAAUGAUGAAGGCGAGAAAGCUACUGCUCGAGCGGCUGCCAAGGCCAAGAAAUGUAUGAUUCUUUCUUCCUGGGCAACAACCAGUUGUGAAGACACCAUUGCGGCUGGAAAAGAGAUCCCAGUCGAUCACUCUACUCCAGGUCUUCCCUUAUUCUGGUUUCAGCUUUAUGUUUACAAGGAUCGCGCCAUGACCAAAAAUAUAAUAAGUCGUGCAGAGAAGGCUGGUUAUAAAGCUUUGGUCAUCACGGUCGAUACACCAUUAUUAGGUCGUCGUCUCGCAGAUGUUAGGAACGUCUUCAAGUUGCCUCCUCAUUUGAGCAUGGCCAACUUUGAAACAAAGGAUUCAAAGGUUACAAUGGCCAAUAUCCUAGACCAACAAGAACACGAAGAUGUAGUUGUUGAAAAAUCAAUCCAAAAAGAACAAGAAGCUUUUACUGCUUCUGCUACUACUCCUGGUCAUACUUCUGCGUCGACGAAAUCCGCAGAGAUAAAAAGAGCGGCAAUAGGUGGAACCAAAAAAGUGGUUCGACAAGAAUCGAGUCUGGCCGCUUAUGUCGUCACCCAGAUUGAUUCGAGCUUGAAUUGGGAUGAUAUCAAGUGGGUCCAAUCCAUCUCAAAGUUGCCAAUCAUUGUCAAGGGCGUUUUGACAGCCGAGGAUGCUAAGCUUGCUGCUGAUGCUGGCGUCAAAGGGAUCCUUGUUAGUAAUCAUGGAGGCCGUCAACUGGAUGGCGUUUUGGCUACGAUUGAUGCAUUGCCUGAAGUUCUGGAAGCUGUCAAGGGCAGAGACAUUGAGGUGUAUUUGGAUGGUGGUGUUAGGAAAGGAACUGAUGUGUUAAAGGCCCUUGCCUUGGGUGCAAAGGCAGUCUUUUUGGGACGACCUAUUCUUUGGGGCCUUGUCCAUGAUGGAGAAGAUGGUGUGACAUUGACAUUGGACUUGAUUCAAAAAGAGUUCGAGAUGGCCAUGGCUCUGGCAGGUUGUAGAUCACUCUCUGAUAUCAAACGUGAAUAUGUCCAGUACGGCCCAUACGGCAAUCCCAAGUUAUAGAGAAAAAAAAUAAAAUAAAUCAAAGUGGUUGU